UGAUUGGCAGAUGAUAGCAGCUGCGGAGUUGUGGAGUCAUGGCGGAGCUCCGCCGCGCCUCUGUUCGCUGGAGUUACGGCGAUCAUUUGUGAUAAACUGUCAAACUUUAUAACAAAUCUAAAAUGAUCGAAAGCGAGUUAAAGUUGCGAUUGGCGUCGGACCAGCGUCAAACGAUCUGAAACCGAGAGCUGGCAAAGAUGUGAGACUCUCCGGAGCCGAAGAAGAAGAAGAAGAAAAAAAACCUUUGGAGUCUCUCAAAGUCGCAAAUAUGGCUUCUUGUUUCUUUCAAUUUCACACAAAAAACUCUUUAACCGGAGCUUCGUUGUUUUCAGCGCUUUGCGUCGUUCUGUAGCGACCGGCUGUGAUGGAUCCCAAGCACAAAGAGUUGUUAGAGCAGUGCCAGCAAAAGUUGUCGGAGUCCGUCACAGAUGUGGAUGUGGUUCUGGAGCUGCUGGCCCAGUCAGGCAGCCUGAGCCCGGCUGAGAGAGCGGAGCUCGACGCGAACUGCUCCAGCAGCGCCGAGAAGGUCCUUCUGCUCCUCAAGACGCUGGUGGAGAAGAAGGAGAGGGACCAUUUCCAGGAGUUCUGCUGGGCUCUGGAGAAAACCCAGCCGGUGCUGCUCAGCGCUCUGCUGCCUGUGGAGAACCACCACAACACGGGUUCCACGUGCAGCGUUCUGUCUACGAUGCCGUCGGACUCGGAGAGCAGCAGUUCUCUCAGCAGCGUCGCAUCCUCACCUCCUCCUGCUCACCUGGAUAAGCAUGUGAUGAGUGAGAAACUGGAGACGGUGAUCUUCCAGCUCAGACAGGUGACCCGCGAGCGAGACGACCUGCGCAAACGACUGGCGCUCUCCUCGCCCGGCACCACCUUCGACGACUGCAGGCCGAGUGUGAAGCCGGGUCAUGAUUACGAGCGUCUGAAGCUCCAGUGCAUGAAGGCCAUGUCAGACCUGCAGUCUCUCCAGAACCAGCACACCAAAACCCUGAAGAGAUGUGAGGAGGCCGUGAGAGACGCAGACUACUACCACACUCUUCACGGGCGUACGGUUGGUGAACAGACGCAGCUGCGGGACGAGAUGGAGGCCAUGAAGCAGAACUACUCUCAGCUCCUGCAGCAGCACUCACAGCUGCAGCAGACCUGCGACGAGCUGCGCCGUGUCCAUGAUAGCGACCAGCGCGAGGUGGCAGACAUGCGCCUGCAGCAGCAACAGGUCAUGAGGGAGAACGGCUCCUCCGAACUGCUGAAUAAACUUUACGACACGGCCUUAAACAAGCUGGAGGGGAUGAAGAAAGAGUACGACACCCUGAGGAAACGAUACAAUGAGAAAACGGUGAGCCACAACGCCGAUCUGAGCCGCCUGGAGCAGAUGGAGGAGGAGAACCGGCGUCUGCAGAAACAGCAGGACGUUCUGCUGAAGCAGAGAGACUCGGCGCUGCACUUCCAGCAGCAGUACAGCGGCUCCGCCAGGAGGUUCGAGAGUCUCCAGCAGGAGCUGAAUAAGGUGUCCGCUCACAACGAGGAGCUUCAGAGAGAAACUGAUCGGCUGCAGAUGGAGAACACGCGCUAUAAGACGCUGCAGCUGAAGGUGGUGAAAGACGCUGAGAAGCUGAAGGAGGAGAGAGACUCGGUGUUAAACGAAUAUAGGCUGAUCAUGAGCGAGAGAGAUCAGGUCAUCAAAGAGGUGGAUAAACUCCAGACCGGACUGGAGACGGCCGAGGCCAAACUCAAGAACACGUCUAGCGAGAGGAGGGUCGCCGGCGAGGAGAUCGAGGCUCUCAGACAGGAGCUGAACUCGGCUCUGUUGGACCGGGACCGGGCGAUCCGAGAGAAGACCGAGCUUCUGGAGAAAUACUGUCACGAGGUGCAGGACAAGGCCGAGACGCAGAAGGAGCUGAGCCAGGCCUGUAAGGACAUCGAGAUGGUGCGAGAGGAGCGCGACGUGGCCCGUAAAGAGCGAACAGAGGCCAUCAUCCAGAGAGACCAGCUCCUGAGAGAGUAUUACCAGGCCAGACAGAAGCAGGACAGCACGACGCUGGACAUGGAGCGUGUCAGUAAGGAGCUGGAGGUUCUGAGGAAGCAGUGCGAGGCCGUUUCGGAGGAGCUCCAGGAGGCUGUGCAGGAGGCAGAAGUGGCCAAGUGCCGCAGAGACUGGGCCUUUCAGGAGAGAGACAAGAUCGUCGCAGAGAGAGAGAGCAUACGGACGCUGUGUGAUAACCUGCGUCGCGAGAGAGACCGAGCCGUGAGUGAUCUCGCCGACGCUCUCAGAAAUCUGGAUGACCUGCGCAAACAGAAGAACGACGCAGUGCGAGAACUAAAGGAGCUCAAGGAAUGCAUGGAGGAGCAGCUGGAGAAGGAGGCGCGUUUCCGCCAGCUGAUGGCCCACAAUUCCCACGACUCGGCCAUCGAUACGGACUCUCUGGAGUGGGAGACGGAGACGGUGGAGUUUGAGAGGAGUACGGACGACAUGGAUUUGAGCGCUCUGGGUUUUGAUAUCGCCGAGGGAGUGAGCGACCCGUAUCUACCCGGGGAUUAUGGGAUAUUCGUGAGCAAGGUGGACAAAGGAAGUAUUGCGGAGGGCAGGUUAAGAGUGAAUGACUGGCUGUUGAAGAUAAAUGACGUGGAUCUGGCCAAUAAGGACAGGAAGCAGGUCAUAAAGGCGGUGUUCAGCGGGGGCGGAGUCAUCAACAUGGUGGUGCGCAGGAGGAAGUCUCUGGGAGGACGGAUGGUCACUUCUGUGCAUCUGACGCUGGCGGGACAUAAAGAUUGUGGCGUUGGGUUGGAGAGCGGCGUGUUCGUGUCGUCUGUUUCUCCAGGCAGUCCCGCGGCCAGAGACGGGUCGGUGUGUCCCGGCGAUCGGCUUCUCAAUAUAAACGGGAUUUCGCUGGAUAACAAAUCAGUGAGCGACUGUGAGAAUCUCCUGCGGAGCUGCAGAGACUCGGUUUCUCUUUCCCUCCUGAAGUUUUUCCCACAGAGUCUGUCGGGUCAGAGCAUCGCUGAGAGCCAGCGCGACUGUGAACGAAGCUCUAACGGGAAGUCAGCGGAUCAGCUGCGGCCCUGCAGGAAGCAGCCCACCCAUAAAGACAUGUACAGCCCCACGCGUGACGUGGAGAGCGAGCGCGGUCAGCGCGGGACGCUGUAUCGCUCAGAGCCGUAUCAUGAGAUCUGCUGCCCGCAUCCCACCUCCAAACGACCCCUCACCUUUCACCCCGUUUCCCCCGGCGACUGCAUCACCGUGGAGAUGAAUCAGGAGAGACGGUGUGUCCCGCAGAAGCAAAGCGGCGGCACGUGGCCCAAAAUGGUAGCGGUUGCAAUGACACCAGCCGACAGCAUCCCACCGCUCUCUAUUUUUAAGACCCCAAAGAAGCGGAAGUCAAUAUUUGAUGCAGACAUGUUCAAGCGGCCGGAGACGCCCUCCAAGCUGGACUACCUCAGUCUGUCCCAGAUGCCCAAACAUUCCCCGCAGAGCUCCUGGACGGAGGCGCCGCCGCAGAUCCCGCCCGAGCCGCCCAAACGCAGCGACUCCUUCAAGUUCAAACACAAGCCGCAGGGAAGCUCCGCCUCCGAUUCCACCAUCACCACCGGCUCGCCCCCGGCCACGCCCAUUCAGACCACACCCACAGACAAACCCAGUCCUGACUUUGAAAGCCGAGACCGCAAUGGGAACGUGGUUCAGAGACAGGGCUCUGGCGGGGGGUCGUUUGCGGAGGACGUGUCCGGACAGGGAUCAGAUGAACUGGAGGUGAGGAGAGGAAGACCAAACUCUGCACCGGCCCAGCGCCGCAGCCUCACGCCGCUUAAGAUGCCGUUUCCACAGCAGAGCUUCUCUCAUGAUGAACAGUCUCCUGAACCUGUGGAUCUGGUUCGGUUUUCUCCUUUCCGUUCAAACCGUCACAGCUUCUCGCCUGUACAAGCACACACCACUCCUAGAACGCUGUCUCCAUACCCCGCCGUGACCGCAGUGAUGAGGAACCCAGUGUACACGGCCUGGAGUCACUGCGUCAAAACCACCAACUCUGCUUCAGUUCCAGUACACAGACACACACACACACAUCCGCAGCACCAGGGCCGAUGGAGUGUGGAUCUGAACCACAAGCGCUCCGGUGAGCUCUUCGACGGCUCCCGCGGAUCAGUUCAGCACAACACCAACUCCCUGCCCUCCAGCGCGAGACAGGGUUUGUCUCAGUACCGCGAGCAGCGUAUUAAGAUUCCCUCCACCCCUCGCUACGCACGCUCCGCUCACGGCUCGGAUAGAGGAUCUCUGUCUCACUCGGAGUGCAGCAGCCCCAGUCUGGUAACUCCGCCCCUCUCUCCUCUGGACGCCGCCUCCUUCAGCAGCAGCCAAUCACAGGGCUCCAUCUCCGCCCAGACCAGGCUAUCAGUCAGUCCUGUGCCAAUAGACAGGAGGAGGGACAGAUGUGCGUUGCGUAACAGGUCUUACCUGAAGCUUUCUCGAGCUCAGAGAUCGUGGUUUGCGUCUUUACGGACCCUGAGGCCGUACAUUGAGGAGCCACGAUGUGUCACUAUCCCCAAAGGGGCGGAGCCUCUGGGCAUCUCUAUAGUGGGUGGGGAGAAUGGCGGCAUCUUUGUUUCCAAGGUAACGGGAGGCAGCAUCGCCCAGCAGCACCACCUGGAGUUUGGAGAUCAGCUUCUGGAGUUUAACGGCAUUAAUCUCAGGAACGCCACGGAGCAGCAGGCCAGACUCAUCAUUGGGCAGCAGUGUGACACCAUCACCAUACUGGCACAGUACAACCCACACAUGUACCAGCUGGGCAAUCACUCCCGCUCGAGCUCUCGGAUGGAGUCGUCCAUCAGCUCUCACUCGACACCCGACACGCCCGACUCCAACAUCGACACGCUCAGCGAACAGGACGAGGGCACCAUGACUCCGCCCUCCAAACAGGCCACGCCCACAGCCAGCCCUCACAGGGAUCGGAGCGAGGGCAGGAAGCAUGCGGAGCCGAGGCUGGUGGUGCUGAGGAAGACUCAGGUGGAUCCGGGGCUGAAGAUCUGUGGAGGAAACCUGACGGGGGUUUUCGUGGAGGCUCUGGAAGAGGACAGUCCUGCUCGAGGAGCCGACGGCCUGCAGCCGGGAGACCUGAUCCUGGAGUGUAACUCGGUGAGUUUGAAGAAUAAGACUGCUGAGGAGGCGUAUCUGGAGAUGCUGAAACCCGCGGAGAACGUCACCCUCAGAGUCCAGUACCGACCCGAACACUUCAGGAGGGUCAAAGACGCACUCGGAGACGGUUUUUACAUCAGGGCGUUGUUUGACCAUGUUGGUGAUUUGGAGCAGGAGUUGAGUUUCAAGAAGGAUGAUAUUCUCUAUGUGGACGACACGCUGCCCGGAGGGAAUUUGGGUUAUUGGUUGGCAUGGCAACUGGACGAGAACGCACAGAAGCUGGUGCGCGGACACGUGCCCAGCAAGUGCAUGAUGGAUCAAGAUUCCCAGCGGCGGUACAGCGUCACAGACGGUAAGGACGACAGCAGUUCCGGUAAAACACUCUCGGCCGCGGCGCGCCGAUCCUUCUUCCGCCGUAAACUCAAACACAAACGCAGCAGCUCCAAAGACGGCCGAGACGCUCCGGCGGCAGACGCCGUCAGCACAGACUCCGUGCCCUACAUGGACGACUGUCUGAGUCCGGCGUAUCAGCGCGUGCUAAAAGUGGAAUCGACCAAUCGCAGGCCGGUGUUGAUACUGGGGCCCCUCGUUGAGCCAAUCAAAGACAUGCUGCUCAGAGAGGCUCCUGGGAAAUACUGCCGCUGUUUACCUGAGGGGAUGAAGGCGACCCAGCAGGCCAUCGAGCGAGGCGUCAAAGACUGUCUCUUCAUCGAUUACAAGCGCCGGAGCGGCCACUUUGAUGUGACGACGGUGGCAUCCAUUAAGGAAAUUACAGAGAAGGACUGUCAUUGUCUGCUGGACAUCGCACAUUACGCCAUCGAGCGCCUGCACGUCGUCAACAUUUACCCCAUCGUCAUAUUCAUACGAUACAGAAACGCCAAGCAGAUCAAGGAGCAGAAAGACCCUGUGUAUCUGCGAGACAAAGUGUCCCAAAAACAUUCCAAAGAGCAGUUUGAGUCUGCGCAGAGGAUCGAACAAGACUACAGCAAAUACUUCACAGGCGUCGUCCAGGCCGGCAGUCUGUCCAACAUAUGCACUCAGAUCAUGGCCGUCGUGGACCAGGAGCAGAACAAAGUGCUUUGGAUUCCUGAUGGAAGCAUGUGAAGAACGAUAAACUGAGUCCACACACAUCCUUCACAACACCCUGCUGAAAAAUGAUCUACUUGCUUAGCCUUUUUGUUGUUUUUCAUUACAAAUAUCUAAAGAUUCUUAAAUUACAUUUAAGGAAAGAGACUUGAUGUGCUCACCUUCAGGCCAUCCAAGAUUAGGAUGAGUUUGUUUCUUCAUCAGAUUUGGAGGAAUGUCUCAGCAAUGGAUGCUCUGCAGUGAAUGGGUGCCGUCAGAAUGACUGCUGAUAAAAACAUCACAAUAAUCCACACCACUCCAGUCCAUCAGUUAACAUCUGGAGAACACAAAAGCUGGAACAAAUCCAGCGUUGAGACGGUUUUAACUAAAACACGAGUCUAUAAUAACGCUUCCUCCAGUGAAAAAAGUGGUCUGGUCUGAAUCAGGAGAGAAAUCUGCAGAUCAAGCAGCGCUUACAAGACAAAACGGCUCUAAACAAAUAUGUGGCUGGAUUUUGAUGAGAGAGACAAGAGAAGAUGGACGAGUGCUGUGGAUUAUUGUGAUGUUUUUAUCCGCUCUCAUUCUGACGGCACCCAUUCACUGCAGAGCAUCCAUUGCUGAGACAAAUGCUGAAAUCACAUCACAACUGUUCCUUUAAGAACCUCAAGAUAUUAGUACAAGACAAGAAUACUAAGUAAGAAUAGAAUAGUUUUGCAGCGUAAUAACACAUGGCCACCGAUCUCACACUGUUGCAACACUCCACUGCUGUUAAUUCACUACACACCUCUAGGGCUGGACGCUAUAUCAUAUAUUAAUUAAAUAUUAAGUGCUUUAUGAGCAGCUAUGAAUUUCCUAACGGUUUAAUAUGUUUUUAUUUGGUGGUCAAGCUUCAUGAUGGAUUGCAAUCAGUCGAUUCAAUGAUUUGCAUCCUCACUCAGACUCGUGUCUUUUUGUUGCUUAUAAAUAUAAUUUAAUGUAAAUAUCACUGUUUUGACUAUAUCGCCCAGCCCUGAACAAACACUCCUCGCACACACAAACUCUCAGGCAACGAUCACAACUGUUAGAUGAGCAGCAAUAUCCUCCAUUCACUGUGUUUUCACUGUGGUAACACUAAUUUAUGAGGGCUUUCAUGUAGUUCUUCGUGUUUACAGAGGUGAGGUUUAUGAACCAGCUUACUUGAAUGUUUAACUUCGUGUAUCUGUCCCCGUAUGGGUCUGAUCCGAUCCGAUCGGGGCAUGCUAGUUCAACACAGACGCUCAAUUUAUGGUUUUCUGAGGUUAAAAAUACUGACCGUUAAGUUUGUUUUCUGAUCGCUGAUCAUGUUAAAGGGUUCAUUCACCCCGAAAUGAAACUUGUGUCAUCGUUUAUUCAAGCCUGUAUUCUGUGGAACACAAAAGCAGAUGUUUAGCAGAAUGUUUGAGCUGCUCUUUUCCACACCGACAGGUUACCGUGCUUCAAAAAUCAUGUAUUUAGAGAGCUUUUUCAGGGUUUUUUUUCUCACUCAAAGUUGUCGUAUGAAGUGCUUUUUUGAUUCCUUUUCAUUGCACAGAAAAGAGCAGAGUGAACUUUCUGCGAUCUCCGGGUUUGAAACGACAUGCAAAUAUUUUUCAUUUUUGGGUGAACUAUUCCUUUAAGCUUUAAUGUAGCAGUUUCUGUAUUUCACUUUCUUUUAAGUGUUCUUGUUUUUAUUUAAAUGAACGAUGCAAUAGUCUGCUGCAUGAUAAUUUUACUAUAUGCUCUGAUUAUUUUUACUGUCUGGUUCAUUUGUAACUCUAAUUUAAAUGUCUUUUGUAGUCGAGUAUUAGGCAGAGCUGAAUGCUUCUUCGUAACAUCGUAAAAGCUCCUCUCGUUUUCAGAAACAAACGUGCCAAAUGCUUUCUUCUGCUUUGCCUGUAUUUUGCACUCAUUUGGAUGGAAAGGUAGACAGACCUACUUUAUUAAUCCCAGACGGGAGAUUGAGUAAUCCUCGUUCAGGAAUAGUUAGUUAAUCCUCUCUCUCUAGUGAAAGCUUUGGUACUACACUAGUCUUCCUGUUUACCUUACAAAAGGAUGUUCGCUGUGACAUCACUUCCUGUUCUGACCCGUGUUGACCAAUGAAACGAGUCGUCUGGUUUAUCUUCAUCAACGAAGAUUGAAAGUCUCACAUCAUGUAAUGUUCUUCCACUCCUGCCGAUAAUGACACUGAUGUUGAAUUGGUGCAGAUGCUCAGAUUGUAGCUGGAAACAAACAAACAUAUAAUUCCAUUGUUUUAUAAUGAUAUAACACCCUGGUACUUUCACAUUUAAGACAAAAAUAUGAUUUUGUAAUUGUUACAUUAAUAAAGUCUAAAUUAAACAUGA